AUGCCCGGUUCCCGUCGACCGAUCUUCAUCAACCCCAGCCCGACCACUACCUCGUCUGGGGCGGUGCCUCGGGUCCAGCGCUUCCACGAGGACUUCCCGGGGUAUGCCCCGAGCCCGCUGGUGCCGCUGCCCGCCAUUGCCGACGAACUCGGGGUGCGAGCGGUCUAUGUCAAGCAGGAGAGCAAUCGCUUCGGUCUGCCGUCCUUCAAGGUACUGGGUGCCUCUUGGGCCAUCUACCGCGCCGUCUCGGCAGCCUUGGGGUUGCCUGAUGGCACGCCCCUCGAGACCCUGGUCGCCCGCGUACAGACCAGUGCAGCCAUUACUCUCGUCGCUGCCACCGAGGGCAACCACGGCCGAGCCGUAGCUCGGGUCGCCCAGCGGAUGUCGUUGCAAUGUCGCAUCUACGUCCCGUGCACCAUGCACGAAUACACCAAGCAGAUGAUUCGGUCCGAAGGGGCCGACGUGGUGGUCGUCGACGGGGACUAUGACCGGGCCGUCCAGACUGCGGCCGACUCGGUCGCGGAGUUGGCACAGGGCAUCCUGAUCCAAGAUACGGCCUUUGAAGGCUACGAGGACAUUCCAGCAUGGGUGGUGGAAGGCUACUCGACCAUGCUGUGCGAGGCAGACGCGCAACUGCACGCCUUGGGAUUGCUGAAUACCCUGGUUGUCGCGCCGGUUGGCGUGGGCUCGUUCGCCCAAGCCGUGGCCACAUACUACAAGUCGCGAGAGGUCCCUGCCACGGUCGUGGCCGUGGAGCCCGAUACCGCGCCCAGCCUGACGCACAGCCUGCAACAAGGUGUGCCGACGUCGGUCAUCACCAGUCCUAGCAUCAUGGCGGGAAUGAAUUGUGGCACGGUGUCGAGUGCCGCCUGGCCCUUGCUGCGAGCGUUGGUAGAUGCGAGUGUGACCAUUUCGGAUUGGGAGAGUCACUGCGCCGUCCAGGACCUCACUGCCCAGUCGGUCGACGCCGGACCUUGUGGUGCCGCUAGUCUGGCUGCCAUUCGCCGCCUGAAGGCCGAGCAUCGGGAUAGCUCUGCCUUUUUCUCACCGGAAUCGGUCAUUUUACUCCUCAGUACGGAGGGCCAUCGUCCCUACGAGGUCCCGGAGGAUGUCUCCAUGGACGACCCGGUAGAACUAACCCAGGUGCUGACGCGGAUCAACUCGUCCAAUCCGACCCUGUCCAAGUCUCAGGGAGCGGGCGAGACGGCCAUUGUCAACUACCUGUCCGCCUGGUUUGCCCAUCGUGCUAUUGAGCAUCACCGUAUCGAAACGGUACCAGGGCGCCCGUCCGUGGUGGGGAUCGUGCGUGGUACUGGCGGAGGAUCAUCUAUUAUGCUUAACGGGCACGUCGAUACAGUCAGCCUGACGACUUACGAGGGGGACGCGCUGACCGGACAUCUCGGUGUGAAGGAAGGCAAAGAGGUCGUGUUUGGACGGGGCGUGUUGGAUAUGAAGGCGGGCCUAGCUGCUGGCCUAUCGGCCCUGCUAGUCGCACAAGAGAGAUCGCUGGCUGGAGAUGUGAUAAUCGCUGCGGUGGCCGAUGAGGAAGAUGCAUCCCAAGGGACGACGGAUAUCAUCGCUGCUGGGUGGCGGGCUGAUGCCGGGGUGGUUUUAGAGCCGACCAACCUCGUCAUUGCGCAUGCGCAUAAAGGGUUCGUCUGGGUGGAGGUAGAGAUCCUGGGACGGGCAGCGCACGGUUCCCAGCCGGCAGACGGGGUGGAUGCCAUCAUCAAUAUGGGUUUGUUUCUGCAGGCUCUGCGCGAAUCGCAGGCGCAGCUCCCUGUCGAUCCGGUCCUGGGCCAGGGGUCGCUACACUGCGGCACUAUCCAGGGAGGAGAGGAGGUCUCGUCAUAUCCCGCCAGUUGCACAUUGACCAUUGAGUAUAGGACGGUGCCGGUGCAGACCAACCAGGGGAUCCUGGACGAUCUGAGUGCUCUUUUGGACCAACUAGCCCGAGAGAAUCCCGGGUUCCGGUACCGGGAGCCUCGCAUCACGCUGUCGCGUCCCAGCCAACACGUUCCCCGAGAUCAUCCCCUGGUUCAACAAGUGGCUCAUCUCGGCAAAGGCGUGAUUGGCCAUCCUCCACCGGUGCAGAGUGUCCCUUUCUGGUGCGAUGCCGCAUUACUCACGGAGGCGGGGAUCCCUAGUAUUGUGUUCGGACCGUGCGGGGCGGGUCUGCACUCGCGGGAAGAAUGGGUCGAGGUUGACAGCGUUAGGCAGCUCGGGGAGAUUCUCCGGCAGCUCAUCCAGCAAUUCUGCAGAAGAGGAGGCCAGACCGAUAUAGAGUCUAACCGGACACGGCAGGCGGUCUCACUCCCCGAGAGCCCGCAAGCCUCGUUUGACGAUGACUGGGCGGAGUGGCUGUCCUCCACCUCCGACUACACCCAUCCCGAUGCCGUCUACCCUGCAGAUGCAAAUCCUGCUGCCCUUUCCCCUCUCGAUCCUCUGCUCACCGGAGAGGUCUCAGGCGACCUCCCACAGACCGGUCCCACCGACUCUACCGUCCCGCCGACCGAUGAUUUCAGUGUUUCGCGAUGGCUAGAUGGCGCCUAUCGUCCUUCCGUGCCCUGCGCCCACUGCCAGCAGCAUCGACUGCAGUGUCUUAUUAUCCGCACCACCCCGGCCAAUCCAAACCCCGUCACCUCGUGCUCUAGCUGCGUCGCCCUCUUCCGCGAAUGUAGCCUCGCCCGGGGUGAGAAGCGCCAUCCCGCCGGCUUCGAGACGUUUUUUCCCGUCUUCAACCAUCUACACGGGGUUACAGAAUUGACAGGAGAGGAGCUGGCCUCCAUGAUCGACCUUCCAGGCGUUGAGCAUGAUGGGCAGCACAAACCGCGGUUUUCGAGAAAAGGAGCGAAAGUGUUGCGGGAUUGGCUCUAUCGCAAUCAGCAUGCCCCGUAUCCUACUGAGGAACAGAAGGCUGAAUUUGCCCAGCAAACAGGUCUCACGGAGAAGCAGAUAUCCACUUGGUUUGCCAAUGCGCGACGGCGGCACCGGGUGGCGCGGCGAACGUCUCGGCCCGGUCAGAUCUUUCGCAGUGGCUCCCCCAUGCCCGUCUCUCGCUCUACCAGUAUGACACCGCUGGAAAGAUGGCAGAAGUCUCCACCAGAUCAGGAACCCGUGUCGGAAUCGGCCAUUCGGAACGCCAUUGCCGCCGCAGCCACCGAUGCAGCAUGGGAUUGCCCGAGCGCAUCCGCUAACGCUAGUCCUAGCACGCACGUCGCGUCCUCCAUCUCGAGCAUUGACAGUGAGCCUUCCCAGGCCUCAUCGGAGAGUCUAUCGUCGGCCUGGAGUCAUCGUUCGGAAAGCUUUCUGCCGUUUCCACUGUCAGAGGCACCGUCUCGAUCCCAGUCACGGCGACGACCCAGGCAUCGGUCAGCAGCGGAAAAUCCAUACCAGUGCACCUUUUGUGUUGACUCGUUCAAGAAGAAGCAUGAUUGGACCCGUCAUGAGAAGAGUGUUCAUCUGUCACUGGAAUCUUGGAUCUGCAGCAUCGGGCCCGACAUCCUUACUAUCCCUGGGUCGGACGCUUUACCGUGUGACUUUUGCAAUGCCACCCAAGGAUCCCAAUCACAUUUCUCCACUCACGAGUUCGAUGUGUGUGCCGACCGACCCAUUUCGGAGCGCUCCUUUCGUCGAAAGGAUCAUUUAAUUCAGCACCUCCACAAAUUUCACCAUUGUACCAAAGUCCCCGCGCUUCGAAUCGAGGCUUGUCGCAUAGUCACCAAUGACGUGCGGAGCCGUUGUGGGUUCUGCCAGCUCGCUAUGCCGACGUGGACUGAGCGAGCAGACCAUCUGGCGGAGCACUUCAAGAGUGGUGAGCGCAUGAGGGAAUGGGCUGGUGACUGGGGGCUCGACCCUCUGCAUCAGGCGAUGUUGCGAGAUGCGGUGCUCCCUGCCGAUCGCUCUUCAUUGUCGGGAGUAUCCUAA